GAAGAAGAAGAAGAAGACUGAGCGGGUCCUUCAUGAGAGAAAUAAACGAAGAAGAAGGGCAGCGGCACCAAGAAAGGAUAGGACCACUAUGGAAUCCGCUAAUCUCCGUGAUCUGAACGAGCCUCUUGUUGACCAUGCAGAGGGCCAACACUUCUUGAAUGAAGCCUUCAAAAUUAUCGUGGAGGAGGUGCUGUGCAAAGGCACGGAUGCCACACAGAAGGUCUGUGAGUGGAAACAGCCCGACGAGUUGUCUCUGCUGCUGGAUCUGGAGCUGAGAGAGACUGGAGAGCCACAAGACAGGAUUCUCCAGAGAGUAAGAGAUGUCGCUAAGUACAGCAUUAAGACAAGUCACCCACGUUUUUUUAAUCAGCAGUACGGCGGGGUGGACUAUCACUCCUUGGCUGGACGAUUUCUCACUGAGGCUCUCAACACGAAUCUCUUCACCUAUGAAGUGGCUCCUGUCUUUGUGCUGAUGGAGACUGAAGUCCUGAAAGGCCUACGUCAGCUGGUGGGCUGGUCAGAAGGCGAUGGCCUUUUCUGCCCCGGCGGAUCGACCUCCAACAUGUACGCCAUGAACCUCGCUCGCUACCGACUCUUCCCGGAAGUCAAAACCCGGGGGCUGUGGAGUCUGCCCCGGCUAACCAUCUUUACAUCUCCCCAGAGCCAUUACUCUGUGCAGAAAGGGGCUGCAUUUCUUGGCAUUGGAACAGAAAAUGUCGUCUUGGUGAAAGUGGAUGAUGGAGGCCGUAUGAUUCCAGAGGACCUGGAUAGAAAUAUAGAGCUGUCAAAGUCUCAGGGUGCAGUUCCUUUCCUUGUGAGCUGCACAUCAGGGACCACGGUGAAGGGUGCUUUUGACCCGCUGGAUCAAAUAGCCGAUGUUUGCGACAAACACAAGAUCUGGAUGCACGUUGACGCUGCCUGGGGAGGAAGUGUGCUGUUUUCCAAACAACACAGGCACCUGAUGAAAGGCGUCGACAGAGCUAGUUCAGUAGCCUGGAAUCCCCACAAGAUGCUGGUGGCCGGCCUGCAGUGCUCCACCCUGCUGCUAAAGGAUACCACGAACUUGUUGAAGCAGUGCCACAGCGCCAGCGCCACAUACCUCUUCCAGCAGGACAAAUUCUACGAUAUGAAUCUGGACAUCGGAGAUAAGUCCGUCCAGUGCAGCCGCAAAGUGGACUGUCUGAAGCUGUGGUUAAUGUGGAAAGCCAUUGGCUCCGCUGGCUUGGCAGAGCGCGUAGAUAAAGGUUUUGUCCAUGCGAGGUAUCUGGUGGAUGAAAUGAAGAAAAGAGAUGGGUUCCAUCUCGUGAGUGUGCCUGAGUUUGUGAAUGUUUGCUUUUGGUACAUACCACCAAGCCUGAGAGGGAAGGAAGGAAGUGCAGAUUACCAGGACAGACUGGCAAAAGUAGCACCAGUCAUCAAGGAGCGCAUGGUGAAACAAGGCACCAUGAUGGUGGGCUAUCAACCACUGGGAAACCUGGUCAACUUUUUCCGGGUGAUAGUCUUCUCUCCUGUGGUUUCCCGGAGAGAUGUGGACUUCUUCCUUGACGAGAUUGAAAGACUGGGGAAGGACUUGUGAUCAAAAGCAGAACUUCUCAGAUCUAACAUCGUCCACAUCUGUAAUUUAAGGUUAUGUGCAAAGUAGUAGUGUGACGCUCACAUUUUAUUAAACCUCAUUGUGCCAGAAACGUUGAUGUUAGAGUCAAACGACUGUGACAGUAUACCAUGGUAUAUAACUAAAUUGACCUGGUUUCUGAUAAAUAAAUUUAUUUUUAUAGACUUUUAGAAGAUUUUGAACAAAAUUCUGCUCUGAAAUCAGUUUCCUGCCGUCUGAUGACUUAUAAGACAAGCCUUCCUUUACUGAGUACGUGAAUAAGCUGAAUCUCUUAUCACAUAUGUUAUUUAAGCAUUUACUCUCGUCAACUUGUCUGACUGCCCAUUGAUGUUACACCUAUGCAGCAUUGGAUCCUUGUUUUUUCUUGUACUCUUGUUCCUAAGGAAGGGUAUAUGGGAAGGGGAUUAUGUUCAUGUAUGUAUGUAUGUAAACUUUUGUCUCUAUAACUGAAAAUUACUUAAAUAAACCUGUUAAA